UUCUCCUGAAUUGUUAUAUUGUUGCAAUUCAGAAUAAACAAAGAAAAAGUCAGGUAGAAAAAUAAAACCAUAAUUCAAUCUGACGAACAACUUGGCAAUCCUUAUUAGAAAUGGAAAAUACACCAAUCAAGCCGUUUGAUUAUUUAGCCAUGGAUAAAUCCAUCUUGCGCACUGAAUGGGAGAAAUGGCUUCGGUCAUUUCAAAUAUAUGUAGAAGCAGAAGAAAUAACAUCAAAGUACCGCCAAAGGAAUAAAUUGCUACAUUUGGGGGGAACGCAAUUACAGGAAGUGGCUUACUCAUUGCCUGGUGCUAUAGUAAAGUACGAUAAGGAGCUGGAUAACGAUGUCUUCACCGUUUUGGUUGAAAAGCUUACCGAACACUUUUUGCGGAAACGUAGUACUGCUUUUGAGCGACAAUUGUUUCGAUCUAUGACUCCCUCGAAGGGAGAGUCUUUUGCUCAAUUUUUGGUACGUCUACGCCAGCAAGCUAAGAAUUGCUAUUUUGGUUCAACCAAAUCGGAGAUACAGGAAAUAUGUCUAAUCGACAAAAUUGUGGAUUCUUGGGCCUCGACAAAAUUAAAACGGAAGCUGCUGGAGAAAAAAGUUUCCCUUACCGAAGUAAUCGACGCAUGCUUGGAGGAUGAAGAUGAUAAUAAACAUUCUAAUUUCUUAAGCACUAAAGCAAAUGAGAAUACGUGCAAUAGAGAGUGGGGACGGUGCGGCCGUUUGGAUCAUACAGAGACAAAUAUUGUUUGUCCCGCUCUCGAUACAAAAUGCAAUAGAUGUUCUGGAUUGGAUCAUUAUGCCGAAAAAUGUAGAGCUGGGCGAUCGUUCGGUUUUGGCAGAAAACGGCGUCGGUUGAAUGAUCAAAACUCAUCAUACAUACUGACACCAAACACAUCACACUCAUUUUCACCACCAUGGACCUCUGAAUAUUAGCUUCAGGUCACUCGGGGAAAUCGAAUAUAACCGAACCGAUUUGCUGGGUCAGUUGCAUUACUCUGAAGACUGUGCAUUGACAGUUUAUAGGUACCGAUUUUCUCAUGUAAAAUAGAACAGAUUAAAACUUUGACCUGAACUCUGA